AUUACAGUGACGACUCUGACGACAGAUGACAGGUGACUGAUGGCAUAUUUAUAAAGCACAUUUAUUAAGCACAUUUAUGAAGUAGGGGGCCCAUAAUCAAGUGUCGGUUGUGGUAGUUUCGCAAAUGUAUGUAAUACUCGAACCUUGACAACAAAUUAAAUUCAGGUUAUACGCAUUUGGGAUUAUUGUCCUUAUACAUACUCAGAAAAUCAUGACUGAGGAAAUUGAAACUGAGAAGGAUUGUCAAUCUAAGUCCUAUUCUAUUCCUGGACAUGAAAAUCUUGACGUCUUCAUCAAAGGAGGGUUUAAAAUCCUCGUCGAGGCUAUUAAAAAUUCCAAUUCACUUCCACAAGGAUCCAACUGGAAUUUUUACAAUACCCACGAUUCUUUCGUGAAAAUCAUUAACGAGGAGAGUAAAAAUAUUCUUAAAGCAGCCAAUACCAUUUUACAUACAAAUCAUGUAGAAGGAAACAUCCGUAAUCGAGGAUCUGAAGAAAAAAAUGAACUACUGAUAGAAGCAAAUGAUAUGAUUCUUGAGAGAGUUGCUAAUAACAUAGAUGAAAUGAACGGAAUAAAAAAAUCAAUUGUCGAACCUGUUUUAAUCCAAACUGUGAGCGCACAGUUGCCCAUAAAUGGAUCUUGGAAUCGUGCUAGUAAUGCUACAUUUUCAGUUGGUUCUUCUAUCACAACAGAGGAAAACGCCAAUAAACCGAGCAAUGCUAUCAGACUAUUGACAGCUAAGAACAUUAUUCGUCCUCAAACAUUUUUCAAAGACAAAAUUAUCAACAGUAACAAAUACCCAUGGGAGCCACGUUUGAAGGAGAAACCCAAUUCAUUGAAACCACUCGCCAUAUUUUUAGAAGAAACUGAACAUGGAGAAGAGUUUUCUCAUCCUUAUGAAUUUGAAUUGGAAAGAUUCACCCCUUUACCUGAACAACUUCUGAAAGAAACUCCUGCUGUUCCACUUCCUCUGGAAAAAACACCUCUGAUUGAAGUGACUCAACCGGAGCAAGUGAACGAGUUAGUCGAAACAUUAAGAAACUGCAAAGAGUUUGCUGUAGACUUGGAACACCACUCUUAUAGAACGUUUAUGGGCAUAACAUGUCUCAUGCAGAUUUCUACAAGAGAUACUGACUACAUUAUAGAUACUCUAGCUCUUAGGGAUAAGCUGCAUGUCUUGAAUGAAGUUUUCACGAAACCAACUAUUGUGAAGAUUUUCCAUGGAGCAGACUCUGAUAUUAAGUGGCUCCAAAGAGAUUUAUCUCUGUACGUAGUCAACAUGUUUGAUACUUAUCAAGCCUCCAAACAAUUGGGUUACUCUGGUUUGUCUUUGGCUUACCUUAUGCAGAAAUUCUGUAACUUUGUACCAAACAAACAGUUUCAGUUGGCUGAUUGGAGAAUCAGACCUCUGCCCGAACAACUGAAGUCCUAUGCUAGAGAAGAUACACAUUAUUUGAUAUACAUUUACCAUAAGCUGAAAAAUGAACUGUUGGAAACGGCCAAUGGGUUCGAUAAUUUACUAGUAUCUGUGAUAAAUAAGAGCACGGAAGUAUGCAAACAGCGAUACCUGAAGCCCAUUUUAAGAGAGGACAGUCACCUAGACUUUUACAGAAAAUGUAAACGAUUGUUCGACAACCGGCAACUAUAUGCUUUGAAAGAACUCUACAAAUGGAGGGAUGUGAUCUCGAGGGAAGAAGAUGAAAGCACUGGGUACGUUCUACCCAACCACAUGUUAUUGCAGAUAUCAGAGUCGUUACCCAGAGAAAUGCAAGGUAUUUUGGCUUGCUGUAAUCCCAUUCCGCCUUUGGUCAGAUCUAACUUAUUGGAACUUCAUCAGAUCAUUCUCAAAGCCAGAGAACAACCAUUAGAAAAGCCGAUAUUGAAGGAAGAUACCCGAGCUAGAGGCACAACAAAAAAGAUUUCCAAAAUAAAUGUUGAUAGUCCCUUGCAUUGCCCUCAUGAUUUGACAAAGACCAAUGACUUUCGAGAUGAUCUUCCCACACUCCUGGGUAAUUUAGAAUUGAAGAAAUUCCAUGAAUGUGUUAACGAUGAAUUGGCCUUGGAAAGGUGCACACCAACAUUUUCAGUUUUUGAUGGGGACAAAAUACAAGUUGAGGAUGCCAAUGACACUAGAAAAAAACUGCAGAGUUUCAAAUUUUUGACACCAUUCGAAAGGUACAAGUUGGUCAAACCUUUCAUUCAGGAAGAAGAAGAAAAACUAGCUGCUGCUGAAAAAGACAAAGAAACAGAAGAACAACCCCCCAAUUCUGGUAUUACAUCAAAAGAGGAAGGAUUCUUACAAACAGACGAGGAACGAAUAGAAUCUAUUCGUGAACAUUUUCUGAAACUAUCCAAAAUGGCACCUUCAAUAAUUCCAAUUGAGAAUCUUGAUAAAAGUUUGGUUCAAAUGGGUGGUACUAAGAAGAGGAAAAGAGAUUCGUCACUUCCAGAGGAUCAGGAAACUGCAGAGGAUAACAUUUUCACACCUGCCCCUACACCUACUGUGGUGAAUAAUAACAAUGCAAGGAAAAGAAAAUCAAAUGAUCGCGAUGGCAGUAAUACCCCCAAGAAAAAGAAAAAUAGAAAGAAUUUUUGGAGACAGAAAUCAGAAGAUAAUUUGAGAAGACAAGACAUUACCCAACAUGCACAAAACAAUGAUCGAUUGAGAGAUUACCCCCACUCAAGUGAAACUGUGGAUAAUUAUAAUAGUUGCACUAAUAGAGUAAAUGAAAAUGAUAAUAUACCGGGGAAAGAAAAGAAGCGAAACAAAAAGAAAAAGAGGAAUAAUCAAACUGAUAGAGGACACGGUUAUCUAAAUAGAGGUGGCCAAAACAGCUGGAACGGUCAAAGCAGGCCAGGGGAACAACAAAGUCAAGAUUUUCCUGGCCAACAAAGUCAAGAUUUUCCUGGCCAACAAAGUCAAGAUUUUUCGGGCCGCGAUGACAACUUCGCUGGCUUUGAUUAUUCCUCAGUAGAUUUUAACCAAUUUCAAGGUGGUGCAGGCAAUGCUAAUAGGCCUAAAGGGCUUAACAGUAAUUUCAAAUCUAGGGGUAGAAAAAGAGGCGGAAGUAAAGGCCAUAAUAGGUCAACUACCUUCAGAAGCAUCAAUAAGAGUUUGGGGCGAGGACGAGGAAGGGGACGUUGAAAAACUUGGGAGUUUGUUAAUUCUAUUAGUUCAAUCCUGGAUUUGUUUAUACCUUGUUUAUAAAAGAAAAGGAACUGGACUUGUAUAUUCCUAUGUUGAGAAAGUUUUAUAUAUUUUUUUUCCAAUGGUAACUUAUCAAUAAAAAAAUGUAUUUCAAUGAAGUUUUGGUUCCAUAAUAACAGAAAUACCUAGAAGAGACUUAAUGAACUUUUGAUCAUGCAAUCAUCAAUAAAUAAUUUUCAAGAA